UCGACUCCCUCUAAGGUUUUCGCCCCUCCUUUCACUCCGCCCUUUCGCCAGGUCUGUCUACCCUUGGCCGCCCCCCGGCCACCCGUGGAGCUCGCGUACCCUUGGAAAGCUCUCGAAAAGAGGUAGUGGAGACAAGCUUCCUGAACUUCUCUGGCCUUCAAUGGCUACAGAACCAAGAAAGACUUCAGUCCCACCCCCACCUGACCAGGCUCCUGAAGAGGACCUUGUAAUUGUCAAGGUUGAGGAAGAUCAAGGUUGGGAUCAUCAGGAAUCUAAUCAGCAUAAUAAUAACAACCCUACUGGCCAAGAGUUAUUCCGAGUUCGCUUCAGGCAGUUAUGCUACCAAGAGACUCUAGGACCCCGAGAAGCUCUGAUCCAACUGCGGGCACUUUGCCAUCAGUGGCUGAGGCCAGAUUUGAACACCAAGGAGCAAAUCCUGGAGCUGCUAGUGCUGGAACAGUUCUUAAUCAUCCUGCCUGACGAGCUGCAGGCUCUGGUUAAGGAACACCAGGUGCAGAGUGGAGAGGAGGUGGUGACCCUACUGGAGGAUUUGGAAAGGCAGAUUGAUAUACUAGGGCGACCAGUCCCAGCUCGUGCACAUGGACAUGGAGUACACUGGGAGGAGGGGGUGAAUUCUAAAUCUCUCCCAGAGCCUCCAAGGACUCAGUCCCAACCUGCAGCAACCCAGCACAAAUCUCUAGUCCCCCAAGGGCCAGAAGAGCGAGAAAGUAACAAUGAUUUGAUAUUUUAUUACGUAUUUUUUUCAGGUGGUCAAACCAGGAAUGAGAACAGGGAAUUAGCUUCAAAGCAGGUAAUAUCUUCUGGAAUCCAACAACAUGGAGAAACAGCUGCCAAAUGCAACGGGGAUGUUAGCAGGGGUCUUGAACAUGGAGAAGCCAGAGACCUCCUGGGCAAAUUAGAAAGACAGCGGGGAAAUCCCACACAAGAAAGACGACAUAAAUGUGAUGAAUGUGGGAAAAGCUUUGCUCAGAGCUCAGGCCUUGUUCGACACUGGAGAAUCCACACUGGGGAGAAGCCCUACCAGUGUAAUGUGUGUGGGAAAGCCUUCAGUUACAGGUCAGCCCUUCUUUCCCAUCAGGAUAUCCACAACAAAGUAAAACGCUAUCACUGUAAAGAGUGUGGCAAAGCCUUCAGCCAGAACACAGGCUUGAUCCUGCACCAGAGAAUCCAUACCGGGGAGAAGCCAUAUCAGUGCAAUCAGUGUGGGAAGGCCUUCAGCCAGAGUGCAGGCCUUAUCCUGCACCAGAGAAUCCACAGUGGCGAGAGACCUUAUGAAUGUAAUGAGUGUGGGAAAGCUUUCAGUCAUAGCUCUCACCUCAUUGGACAUCAGAGAAUCCACACUGGGGAGAAACCCUAUGAGUGUGAUGAGUGUGGGAAAACCUUCAGACGGAGCUCACAUCUCAUUGGCCAUCAGAGAAGCCAUACUGGUGAGAAACCCUACAAAUGCAAUGAAUGUGGGAGGGCCUUCAGUCAGAAGUCGGGCCUUAUUGAACAUCAGAGAAUCCACACUGGAGAAAGACCCUAUAAAUGUAAAGAAUGUGGGAAAGCAUUCAAUGGGAACACUGGCCUCAUUCAGCAUCUGAGAAUUCACACUGGAGAGAAACCCUAUCAAUGUAAUGAGUGUGGGAAGGCCUUUAUUCAAAGGUCGAGUCUCAUCCGACAUCAGAGAAUCCACAGUGGAGAAAAAAAUAUGAAUCUAUAGGAGUUUAGCAAAACCUUAAGUUCUCAGUUUGAAUAUUAUACAGCACUAAAAACGCCACAUGCUGGUGAGCCGUGUUGGUGGUAGAAAGUUUGUCCCAUAAUUACUUAAUCUAGUGUCAGAAUUUAUACUGGUGGCAAAGUUAGAGUAGCUCUUCAGUAGUUUGGGCCCAGUGCCUUGAUUGGAUUAACUACAUUGAGAGGUGUCUGAAGGAGUGAAGCGCCGGUUGGCCUGGUAAAUCCUUUACAAACUUCAAAUAGCAUUAGCUGCUUGACGUGGCUCAAGACACUUGCCUUUGUCUUUUGGAAGAGGCUACUCUUCCUGGUUUCUGCUUCUUUCCAUCCUUUGUGAUCUCAGAUUUAUUCCCCAGGAGGUGCCCUUGGGCCCCUCAAAAGAUCCUGCUCUAGAGUUCUAAGCAGCCUUACUGUGAGGCUUAUAUUUAGCUUUCUAAGAUCUUAGUAGUAGGGAAAUUUUUGCAGACAUUUAGGCUUAAGGGUGCAUUUUACUUUAGCCCACUGUUCUUUGUAGUCAGUGGAAUUCCAUAAUCCCAUGCAAACUCAGAAUGCUAUAUUUUUAACAGCACUCCAGUAUUUUCAUAUACCACCUUUACUGACUCCACAGAGUCACUGAACAUCAUAUCACCAACCCUAGUCCCAGUCCUAAUCCCUGUGUCAGCAAAGGAAAUGGAUGCCUUAGUGAUGGUUAUGGGACUGAUGCAGAGAAUGAGGUGAGUGGAGACUUGGCCCAGUGCCUCUUGAGCUUGGAGACUUACAUCUCUCGGUGACUGGGACUUUCCUUUUCAUCUCUCCACUGUAAGCUCUGGUACAAAUAGAUACCUUGCACUAACCUAUUUAUGGCUUCACAUGAGGGAAAGAGGAGACGGCAAUGCUUAAAGAAGACAUUAAAGUCCAUGCAAAGAAUGUCCCAUUGCAAUACUGCUCGCUUAAGUUCCUAUCAGCCUGAGCAAGCCACCUGACUGGAUUUUCUUUUACUUUUCAGGAAGUAUACCCUGGCCACACUUCCAUACAUGGUCUCAGCACCUCAUUUUAUCAUUCUCUGGUCUGUUUCUUGCUAUUACCUUUAUAACUUUAUUAUCCACAAAGAUAAUUCUGGUGGGCAACCUGCAUCGGUAAUCUAUAUCUGUAAUUUACCAGCAUGAAUCUCAUCAUCACCAGGCACUGUAUUUCAUCUUUUGAGACUUUCAGUAUACCAAAGAAUACGAUAUAAACAAAUGGACCUAGUUUUAAGUAACAUGCCAGAAUUGUGUGUCCAGAAUUGGGAAGUUAUAGGACUACAUAUAUGGAAUACUGCCAGAAUUCCAUGUUUCAUAAACUGCAAGAGAAGCUUUUCUAUAAUCAAGUCAUAUCUCAGUUUUGGCCACUUCAUUACCCGCUUAUUUUCCAGACUUAGAAUUAAGUAGCUUUUGGCUCAUUUCAAAAUCAUUUCAAAAAGUGGAAAUUGGAAUGGACCCCACUAAACAUCUAAAGAAUCUGACAUAGGUUCUGAAGAAAGUUCCAAGAGAAGUAACCCAGUUCACACUGUGACUAUAAGGGACAUUAAAAUGUUUAUUGAAAAUGUUA